AAAAUCACCUUAGACUCAGAAAAAUGAGCUCUUUCGAUUAGGCUAAAGAAAAUGGCUAUAUUGAUUUGCUAAAAACAACCCAAUUCUCAUAAGAUAUUAUUUUGUAAUGGAUCACUAAAAUAACUAAAACGGCCGCUAUGAAAUGAACGUUCCCGUCAAAAUACCCAUUUAUUUCAUUGCAACGCUUUUUAGUUGCAAGUCCACUAAUUGCAAAAUUUGACAAGUUUUUGCAAUUAAAAAGCAACCAAGUAUCGUGCUGUCAGUGCAUUUUGAUGCACUUUAGUGUCAAAGUGACAUUGCAAUUAGCGAAUGGCAUUCACUCGUUUGCAAUGUUAACAUGUUGCAACGAGCAAACGUCCGCUAUGGCGGAUUUUUUUUUCGUUUUUCCACUCAACUACGCCCACUGUGCAACUAAUGUGCGCGGUGUAGAGGCAAGUGGUGCAAAUGGUGCAUACCCGCACGUCUUUCAGCAAACAACAAGCUUUGUUUCUAGUGAAAUCGUGAAUCUGGUGGCUCGCGUGGCUCGUCGUCGGAACGGUCGGAACGUAUUUUAUAGGUUUUCGAGAGCGGUUGUUCUCAUUGUUCUAAUGAAAAUUUGAACUUUCCAAGUUUUGUUAGUUGAAAUCAAACCAGCAUGGACGGAAAUCAUCAUACUCGUGAACACAGUACCACCGAUAAAGAGCAAUCAAACUGGGAUGGAUUCUGCCGGCUUUGCUUCUCUGAUCAGUACCCGAUGGCGAUGGUAUGUUUGUUUCCCAAAAUUGCCAAUCCGAAUUGGGACCUGAUGUGGAAAAUCCUCGAGUGUACUACACUAAAGUUAACAUACGACAAAGACAGCACAGCUCAGAUUUGCAAAGCAUGCAUUGAAAAGAUGGAUGAAUUUUGCAACUAUCGGAUGCAAUGUCUGAAAAAUGACAAAUGGAUAGAUUCUCAAAGACAACGUACAAAUAAUAUUCAAAAACAUGAUGCAGUGCAAAACACCGUUGAAGUACAUCAGAAACCAUUAGAGCAGUCAGAGGAUACUAAUCGAGACGCUUACAAUGAGGAGGAAUAUGAAGAAAUCAGCGUAAUUCACGAGGAAACCAUUGAUGAAGAAGCUGAACAAGCAGAUGACGAAAGUAAUGCUGAUGACAGCAUUGUUCGCCAAGCCUUGGCUAUAUACAACGUAAAAAAAGAAUCAAGCUUCGAUGAUGAUGAGCUCAUCAAUGUCGCCGAUAACAGUGAUCCUCCCGACGCGAGUGAAACAUCCGAUACGGAUCAACCCAAGGAUCAACCGGAGAAGGUGAUAAAGAAGCGAACAAGAAAAGUCCUUCUUUAUGAUGGCCACACUUAUCAGCUGUUAUCUUCGCGACCGAAAAGUGGGACCAUCACGUGGGGAUGUAUUUGGCGGAAGACCAAGGAUUGCCGAGGCACGUUGGGUACAAAGGCCAAUGGAUUGAUACUGGGCAAUGUCAUACCACAGCAUAACCAUCUACCGCAGCCGGUUGACGAAAGCAAACAACGAAAAUCGAUCGUUAUUCGAGCGUUUCGAGAAGUCGAAAACAUAUUCCUCAAUGAACCGUACAAGAUUACCAAAAAUCGCAUCGGAGGUGAUAUGCUGGUCUUCAACGGUGAUCGAUAUCCGUACUCGCACAGCCGUAAGGACGGUUGUCGCAUAUGGAAGUGUGCUUCCCAUCGAAAGUGUACGGUUUCCAUUUACCUCUGCCCGGAUGGACGGAUUUUCAAGCUGGCCAACAGCCGGCAUUCCGAGGAAAAAAUUCUACAGAAAAGAAGCUAUUCAUCGGCUAGUGAAACUGACGUCCAUGACAUAUCGGCCAACAUUGAAGAGAUCUACCCAAACCCAAAGGGCGAUUUAGACUAUACUAUAGUGAAGAAUGCCAACAAGCGAAAUGUACUUCUUUACGAAGGUGACCAAUACAUUUACUACUACACGAAAACGAACGGAUGGGUGGUGUGGAGAUGCACAGUAUGGAGAUGUCUCGCUCUGUUAUAUCAGCUUUGUGAUGGAUCGGUGACGACGUUGCACGAUAAUGUCCCCCAUAACCAUGCUGGUAAGGUUGCCAAAUGCCCCUAAGUGAAGGUGAGUGAUAAUAAAAUCGCAUUGUUUGAUUUUGAAUUA